CACAAAUGUUUAAUUGUCCAGCUGAUAUUAGCCAAGCUGGUGGCGUUGUGCACUGGACCCCACCAACUGCUACGGACAACACAGCUAAGGUGACACUCUUAUCUGACAAAACUCCAGGAUCUACGUUUCCUAUUGGUGUAACUUCAGUUGAAUACACGGCGAUGGAUCAGUAUAACAAUGUUAACUACUGUGUCUUUAGUGUAACCGUCGAAGGUGACGGGUCUCCAGUUGUAGAAUCAUGUCCGCCUACAAUCCAACUUGAAGCUCCAGAAGGCUCAACAACUGUCAAUGCUACAUGGACUACCCCCACAGCAACAGAUGAUGAAGGUGUAACGUCUAUAACAUCAUCACAUUCAUCCGGGGACGAAUUCCAUAUAGGUUCGACAACAGUGUUAUACGUGUUUGAAGACUCCUCUGGAAACUCAGCAUCUUGCUCAUUUUCUGUUGUUGUAACUGAACCUACUGAUAACACCAGUCCGUCAGUGACGUGUCCUGAUAAUAUAUAUGGAACGGCUAUUGCUGGUACUACGGCUAUGCUAGUAACUUGGGAAGAACCUGUAGCCACGGACAAUGUUGGUAUUCAAGUACUUUCGCCUACACACAAUCCUUCAAGUGCAUUUCCAGUCGGAGAAACAGUCGUCACUUACGUAGCAAUAGACACUUCAGGCAAUUCGGAUCAGUGUACUUUUACCGUAACAGUCGAAGAAUUUAUUGACAGUAAUGCUCCAACGAUCAACGGAUGUCCGAACGACAUCUCGGUAGAGACAAGUUCUGCAAAUAUACCGUUACCAAUCACUUGGAUAGAACCAACUGCAGCUGAUAAUUCUGGUGAUGUUGUGUUGAACUCAACUCAUUCUCCAGGAACAAGUUUUGAUUUAGGAUCUACCACUGUUACGUAUACUGCAACUGAUACUUCAGAAAAUACCGAUAUAUGUACAUUCCAUAUAGAAGUUACCG